AUGGCAAAUGAAAGUCCAUAUGACAGCCGAAAUAUUGUGGAAAAAUACAUUUACCAUAAACUCUUAAAGAGGGGAUAUGUGUGGCAGUUUCGUCCUGUGAGAGAAAACGAUUCUUCUGAUAAUGGGUCGGCGGACUCUUCUCCCCAAAACUCAGAAGUUUUUGCACGGAGGCCCCAAGCUGUCGCAGCUGGAGAGGACCCCGACUCUCUAUUCCUGAAUCGGAUCCCGCAACACGACCAACACGCAAGGCUCAACCGAGUUUUACGCGAGGCAGGAGAUGAGAUUGAAAGGAUGUAUCAGAGGGACUUCGCAGCAAUGUCGGACCAGUUGCAUUUCACACCAAGUACGGCGCAUCGCAAGUUCACUGCAGUAAUAGAGGAGCUUUUUAGGGAUGGUGUGAAUUGGGGUCGAAUUGUGGCUUUCUUUGAGUUUGGUGGAACAAUGUGCGUUGAGAGUGUAAAUCGGGAGAUGACGUCCCAGGUUGACAACAUUGUGCAUUGGAUGACAGAGUAUCUGAACGGACCCCUUCAGAACUGGAUCCAGGAGAAUGGUGGCUGGGAUGCCUUUGUGGAAAUCUACGGUCAGCAGAGGGAAUCCAUGUUCCACUCUUGGCCUUAUCUAAAGACAGUGUUUGGGCUGGCAGCUCUGGGUGCGGCCGGAGUCACCAUAGGGGCUUUCUUCACACAGAAAUGA